UGUCCCUCCGCUGAGGUGAUCUGGCGCAGAGCGAAGGUGGUGUUUGGCACUGCUGUGUCUCCACCUUUCUUCUUGCGGUCUGUGGUUGGCCCGGCUCUUGCGGCCUCUGGCAAGAUGUGGAUGACACCCAAAAGGAUCAAGAUGGAAGUAGACGAGGCUGUGGUUUUCCGGCCCGAGUGGACCCACCGUUACUUGAUGGUGAAGCCUCCGGAGGGCAACGGGGCCCUGUGCCUGGUUUGUCGCCGCCUCAUCGUAGCUACCCGCGAACGCGACGUCAGGCGCCACUACGAGGCAGAACACGAAUACUACGAGAGGUAUGCGGCGGAGGGGGAGCGCGCGGCCUUGGUGGAACGUCUGCGUCAGGGCGACUUGCCGGUGCCGGCUCACAGCCCUGAGGAGAGAGCUACUCGUGCAAGCCUCGGGCUGUGCCGCCUCUUGGCCUUGAAAGGUCGCAGCUGUGGUGAGGGGAACUUUGUAUUCCAGUGCUUGGAGGCACUGCUGAAAGAGCUACUGCCCGAGCAUUUAGGCGUCCUGCAAGGCGUUGAUUUAUCUCCACAGAUGGCAAAGCAGAGGAUGUUGAGCAUUGACAGGAACCUACGCAAUCAGCUUUUUAAGCGAGCCAGGGAGUUUAAGGCCUAUUCUCUUGCUUUAGACGACCAGGCUUUUGUGGCAUAUGAGAACUAUCUCCUGGUCUUUAUCCGCGGUGUGGGCGCUCAGUUGGAGGUGCAGGAAGAUCUCCUGACCAUAAUCAACCUGACUAAUCACUUCAGUGUAGGUGCGCUCAUGGCCGCAGUCCUAGAGGCCCUGCAAACAGCUGGGCUUAGCUUGCAGCGAAUGGUUGGCUUGACCACGACCCACACUUUGAGGAUGAUUGGUGAGAACUCAGGACUGGUUUCGUACAUGAGAGAAAAGGCUGUAAGUCCCAACUGCUGGAAUGUUAUCCAUUAUUCAGGAUUUCUUCACUUGGAACUGUUGAGCUCCUACGAUGUAGAUGUUAAUCAGAUCAUAAAUACCAUAUCAGAAUGGAUAGUUACGAUUAAGACCAGAGGCAUUAGGCGACCAGAAUUUCAGACUUUACUAACUGAAUCUGAAUCAGAGUAUGGUGAAAGGAUUAAUGGAAGAUGUCUGAACAAUUGGCUUAGAAGAGGGAAAACUUUAAAACUAAUAUUUUCUUUAAGAAAGGAAUUGGAAGCGUUCUUGGUGUCAGUAGGGGCAACAACAGUCCAUUUCUCAGACAAGCAGUGGCUUUGUGACUUUGGCUUCUUGGUUGAUAUUAUGGAACACCUUCGAGGGCUCAGUGAACAAUUGGGAGUUAGUAAGGUGUUUGCUGCUGCUGCCUUUGACCAUAUUUGUACUUUUGAAGCAAAACUGAAUUCAUUUCAGAGAAAUAUUGAAGAAAAAAAUCUAACAGACUUUCCUGCCCUUAAGGAAAUUGUUGAUGAACUUAAAGAGCAACACAAGGAAGAUCAAAAAAUAUUUGAUCCUGAUAGGUAUCAAAUGGUCAUCUGCCGUCUACAAAAAGAGUUUGAGAGACAUUUUAAGGACCUCAGGUUCAUUAAAAAGGACUUAGAACUUUUUGCAAAUCCAUUUAACUUUAAGGCUGAGUAUGCACCUAUUUCAGUAAGGAUGGAGCUAACAAAACUUCAGGCAAACACUAAUCUUUGGAAUGAAUACAGAGUCAAAGAUUUAGGGCAGUUCUAUGCUGGAUUGUCUGCUGAAUCUUACCCAAUUAUCAAAGGGGUUGCCUGUAAGGUGGCAUCUUUGUUUGAUAGCAACCAAAUCUGCGGAAAGGCUUUUUCGUAUUUGACUCGAAACCAACACACUUUGAGCCAGCCAUUGACAGAUGAGCAUCUUCAAGCCCUGUUUCGGAUGGCGACAACUGAAAUGGAACCUUGUUUGGAUGAUCUUAUGAGAGAAAGAAAUAAUGAACCUAAUCCAUGAGCUUUUGUAGUACAAAAUUGAAAAAUUCAAUAUUCUUAACAAGAAUUCAGUUCUAAAAGCAAAAAUUGGUUUUUUUUUUCAUGUUUACUAUAAUAAUUUGGAUUGUGAGAAAUCGAGUUUAUUACCAGCUGUCCAAAUUAAUCACAAUUCAAAUCCUUUUGACAGUUGCCUUUUCUUUUCCAUCUCAAAUGGCAGCUUGGGACUAAAACAUGAGAAUGCCACCUUUUUAAAAACUUAGUUGAAUGACAAAUUCACUAUCUUUUAUGGUACAAUUGAUUUUAAAGAGGUUUUAGUAUUGAUAAAGAGUUGAAUUUGCAGUCUGUUUCUAAGGUGUUCUGAAAAUACAUGCCAAAAAAUUUUAGCUCUUAUUUUAAUGAAGUGUUACAAUUCAGAUACCUAGUAUAAUCUUAAAUUUUCAACUCAAAUGUAUGUUUGAACCAAUUUGCAAAAACUCACAUAGCAAGGUCCUUAAGUUUUCAAAAAGGAAAAAUAUAACAUACAGUGGAGCUAUUUUGUCUUAACUAUCAAAAUGUUUGAAGCUAUUUUUUUUAUACAUUUCUGAGUCUGAAGUAAAUAUUGACAGAUUUCCUCUCCUUCACCCACCCUAGUAAUAGUGAUAUUGCUAAUAGAGGAAGAAAUCAAAUAAAAUUUUAGUGACAGGAGCAAAAGUCAUUUUUAAGUUGGUGAUUUAGGAGACUUCCUGCAAUUUGGAGAUGAGACUAACCAAUUGGGGGGGGGGUUUCCCCUCAAUUUUUUUUUUUACAAUUAGGAGCUGUUUUAUCAGCUUGCCUAUUGAAGGACUACGGUAAGUAGAGAAUCUUAAUGGUUGCCAGUUAGUAAUUCUUUUUUUUCUACUCUGGACAGACGUUCAGCCCUGUCAAAAAGAGGAGGAUCAGGAAGUGUGAGAUAUUUUAGUUUUUUUGUCCUAUCUGCAUGAUAUUACUGCUUUAUUAAAAAAUCUUGCUUAAAAGAAAUCCUUUGUUUAAAAAUGAUACAAUAUCAGAUUUUGUUAGAUGUUGGAAAUGGAUUUAAUCUAGAAUUUGUAACUUCCACACAUUCUGUAUUUAAGACAGUGCAUAAGUAGAAAUAUUUAAGAAGCAGCCUUAUUCAUAGAUUGUAGUAAUUUUAUAUCUAGUAAGACAUCUGCUUUGUACAAAAACAGUAAUUUUCAAAUUUAUGUUAACCGUGAAAAGGCAAUCGUACAGUGAAGUCCAAUAUGUAAAACUAAGUGUAAGCAAGACUCAACUUAUAGAUCCUCUCAAAUACAUUUUGAAAUUCUUGUGCUAAAGUCAUAUCCUUACUAUUUCGACAUGUUAUCCGGUGGUCAGUCAGCAGGUCCAAGGAAUGAGGAUACAACCAAGAAUUUGGAAGGUACUGGUGCCUGGGCAAUAAAAUAGAUGAUAUAAGAGCCUAAAAACCAAAGUUCUGUCAGUAGUUUUUAACUAAUAGUUUUUAACCUCCUAGAAGAUGUUGAGAAAUGUGUAAAGGCACUUUUUUGCUUAUCAUAUUUACUAGGGGCUUCUGCUGGCAUUUAAGCCUGAAGACAUCCACCUUCUGCAGUACAUAGGAUAGGCUGGCACAGUGAAGAUAUAUUCUUCCCGAAAUGCAGGUUAUUUUACUUUGAGGGACCGGGCAAAUUACCGGUAGGAGCAAAAUUAAAAGGGCAGCUUGGGCAAACUGACAGGAUAUUUGUUAGGUAAGGUGCAAUGAAGGCAUUGAUAAGUUCCAGUAGCUCACAUAGCACUUAAUAAGUAAAACAAUAAUUUUGAAUCAGAUUAAAGAUGUCUAUCCUGUUUCAUACAGAAAAAUAAGUAUUAUAUAUUGAGAAGAUACUGGUCAAGAAAUAGUGAAAUUGAAAUGUUGAUUAAUAAAGUAAGCUUAAAUAUCUGGAAAAACAAGUGGAUGACAACAACAACAAAAGACCUACUGGUCAUUUCCCCGUAGCUUAUAGUAUUCUCUUUCAUGGCAAAUUCUUUAUUACUUGAGAGAAAUAUUGGAAUACCUGAAAGCCACUUAAGCUUUCUGACCCCAGUUCCUCAAGUAUUGAAAUCUUGUACAUUUUGUGAAGUUCGAGUAUGUUUUGCUUAAAGUGAUAAUACAAUUAGUUUGCAUCAUAUAGUCACUCAGUGAGGGGAGACAUAAGCCAAGUAUGUUAAAUUAAUUGUCAACUAUAGAGAAUUUGCUAUAAAAUAGUCUCAUGUGUAAAAAAAAGUGUAUUUUACUGUUUUCUGUAUUAAGUAAUUCUGUAACUGCAUGGCAGUCUUUUUUUUUUUUUUUUACACAAAUAUAGUUGUCGCUGGUCCUGUUGUGUCAGUGAAUAUAGUUAAAAUAUGUAUCAUUUUUCGAAAACUCUAUGUCCUUACCAGUUACUGCUUAUAUCUUAUUCCUACUAGUUUUCUUGAAAGAUUUGUAUUCCCAGUCUCAGAUAUUGCCACUCAGACUGCUUUACCAACCUCUCUAAGUCCUUGUCAGUAUUCUUACCCUGGCUGGAAUACUUGAGUUCAUUUAACUUUGAGAAGAUACUAUCUCCAGGUAUGCUUUCCCAGUCUUCUUUGCUGGCACCUCUUUCCUUAAGUAUUAAUAGGAUUUAAUAAAAAAAAAAUUGUGUUAGUCUGCCUUAGUCUACAUCAUCUCCCUAGCUAAUCUCAUCUCCUUCCAUGGCUUCAGUUAUCAUCUAUAUGCAUAUGACUCCCAAAUUCAUCUCCUUUCUAGACCUUUCCUAAUUUAUGUAUCUAAUUGCUAACAUAAAUCCACUUCGCUCUCUCAUAGGUACUAUAACAUGUCAUUGGUCUUGCCCCCAUCCCUGCUCUUCCUCCAGUAAACGGCAUACCAUGACCAACUAUUUAGUUGGCCUUGCUGAAGCCAAAAACCGACUUUUCCCAACUCUCCGGUGUUAGUACUUCCUAGCCAUCAACAUACCCAAAUUCCAUCACCCUACCUAAAUUAUAAGCAACAACCCCCUCAUUAGUCUUCCUUUCUCUGAUUCUUUAUACACUGUAGAGCUGAAUUGUUCCAAAAAACCUAUGUGAUUGUGUCACUUCACUGCUUUCACCUUUACCCUUACAAUACAAUUUUUUCUUCAUCUUUCAGGUGUGUGUUUAUAUGCCAUUUCAUCUAGGAAGCCUUUAUUGAUACUCUCUAGAUUAGGUGCCCUUAUUGUGCAUUCCCUAUAUACCCUGUUCUUCCCCAUACACUUAGCACACUUUACUGUUCCUGCUUAUUGAUCACUGCUAGAGUAUAAGCUUUAUAAGGGCAGGGAUCACAUAAGCCUUGUUCACUCUCUAGUGCUUACCACGAUGCCUGGCAUUUCAAUAAAUAUUUGGAUAAAUAAAUAUUUGUGUAGUGUUUCACAGUCUUUGAACCUCUUUCACAGUCUCAUUUGACCUUCAUAGUUGUUCUGCCUUGGAGUUUUAACUAAGUAAUUUUUAUGCACAUGUUACAUUAAGAAAUUAAGUUCUUUGCUUCAUUGUCAUAGUCCCAGAAUUUAGUGCAAUGCUUCUCUUGGCAUGUGGCUCAAAUAUUUAUUAUGUAAAUGUUGGUAUGGAAAAAUACUGAAAUUGCAGUUUUCUCUAGUAAACAUACUAAGUAGUAAAGUUUGAAUUUAAUCUAGAUGUACUCACAUAAGUCCACUAUGUAAUAUUAAAUUUGUGUAUUCAUGAUGUGGAGUCUUAAUCUUUUUCACUGCCCUUUGUGAGCAAAAAAAGUCUUCAAUUUUUUUUUUUUUUAAUUUUCAGAAGCAGAUUUCCAAAGGAACCUACAUAUAGAGGGAAAAGAUUAGAUGACUGUUUAGUGACCUAAAACUAUACUACAUUCAGUACUGGAAAAAAGAUAAUGCAGCUUAAGAGUUAAUAAUCAUUUUUCCUUUCCUAGGCAUCAACCCUAGGAGAAAAUGGCAUGCUAUUUACUUGCUACUUUACUUUACAGAUGAUUUUUGGCUCUUCUGGGAUUUAAAAGUAAGUAAAUUUAACAAAAGAAUGACUGAGCCCUUCUGGACACUAGAUAAUUCACUUCAUUUGUUUUCAUACCUACAGUAUGUCCUCAUCACCUUCCAAAUGGAGGUGACCCAGAAGUAACAUCUAGUGAAUAUAUAUACUUUUUAGAUUUGCUAUAUUUAUUUGCCUUCUUGUUCUCAUGUGUCUCUGAACUUAAUUUCUGGGUACCUGAAGCCUUUCAGGCUUAAUGAGGAGAACCAUAUCUUUAGUCACUUUUUCCUUAAGCCAUUUUGUCCAGUGAAGGGUUUAACUAGCAUUGUAAUCUUUGUUAGACUUUUGGUUAGAGGCACAUUAAGUCAUUCAGAGUACUUAACGGUGGCACUUAUAGUCAUCUGGUGAUUUGGUUGUUGCUGUGAAACUGGAUUUUAAUCAAACUUUGAGCUCAAGUAUUUCUCAUUUUUGUCCUAAUUUUUGUCAUUGAAAGUUACUUUAUUCUACCCAAAAACUACUUGAAUUUCUGAAUUCUUUCCAUCCUUUCACUUCUGCCUGCAAACUGACCAAUUCUUUUUUGAAUUCAUCUCUUUUCUGUACAUUUUGUUAAGUGCAGCUAACAGCAACUAUAAAAUGUUUUUUCUAUUUCUGUAGUAAAGGGUCAAUUAUCUGCCUUUCUGGUUAUCUCAAGGGGCAAGUUCACUACUCCAUGAUACAAAUUGCCCUAUGUAAGUCAUUUCUUUCAUCCUCCUAUAGCAAUUUCGUAAAUGCCUCCAACCAACUACUAAGCCAAUGUAUUUUAGGUUUUUGUUUUUUAUUUUUUUGUUGUUUUUUUUUAAAAA